AUGUUUACAAAGAGAGCUUUGUUUCCCAAAGCUAAUUCUGCUCUCUCUCUACCCAGCGAAUGUCGUUUUUCGUCUGAAACCGUCAAUAGAAUCCACAAACUUCUGAGGAAUCUCUCCACAGCAGUUCAAAGGUUAGAUUUCGGUAACCCUAAUGGAUACCAAAUCGAGAAUCCAUCACAUUUCUCCGGCGAUAUAAGCCCUAGAGCAGGUGGAGAAGUUAGUGAAAGUGCUGUUCACACACAAAGUCAUGAUUGGAGUUCGAAUCAUGGAAGAUACGAGCAGCCAUGGCAGCAGAAUUAUCAAGGAAACUCCAAUUCGAUCAGCAGUUGGAGCAGUUAUCGAAAUGGUGGAUCUUCUUGGGAUUCAGGUAACAAUACGACGUUUGAUUACAAUAACAAAAUUGCGGAAUUUGAUGAUUUUUGCGAGCGAGAGUAUCUGAAAAUGGCUCUAACGACUAUGGAGUCAUUGGAGAAGAAAGGUCAUGUGAUGGAUUUAGCUAGGCUUUUAAGGAUAUCACAGCUUUGUGUAGAAGAAGGUGAUUCUCUAGAAGGUAAAGUUUUACAAGAAGCUAAGGUCUCUAUUCAAGGAAAGAUCAGAGCUUUAGUUCACCUUUCAGAUGCGAACUAUGUAAAGUAUUAUACAGAUUUCGUGGUUCAAGAGUUUGAUGCGUUUUGCAAACACGGUAAAGUGAGAAAGGCCUUGUAUACUAUUGAUACGUUGGAGAGUAUGAGUCACGUUGUGGAUUUAGCUAGGCUGUUGCGAUUAGCGAAGCUGUGUGGUGAAGUAGAGGCUCCACAAGAAGCCAAGGCUGUUCAUUGGAAGAUUAGCUCUUCGGUUUCGUGUUUAGAUGUGAGUUCUCAUCAUGUUCUGAUGGAAAUGUACUCAGACUGUGGGUUGGUUGAUGAAACGUCGGGUGUAUUCGAGGGAAUGCCUGAGAAAGAUAUGGAUUCUUGGAACAUUAUGAUUAGAGGUUUAGCUAAGAAUGGAUUAGGAGAAGAAGCGAUCGAUAUGUUUACUCGGUUUAAGAGCGAAGGAAACAAACCGGAUAGUCAGUUGUUCAGAGGGAUCUUCUACACUUGUGGUCUGUUAGGUGAUGUUGAUGAAGGGUUAUUGCAUUUUGAGUCGAUGACUAAAGAGUUUGGUAUCGUCCCUACUAUAGAGGACUAUGUAAGCAUCGUUGAGAUGUUUGCUUUGCCUGGUUUUUUAGAGGAGGCGUUAGAGUUUGUUGAGAGGAUGCCAAUGGAGGCAAACGCUGAAGUGUGGGAGACAUUGAUGAACCUCUCUCGUGUGCAUGGAGAUUUGGAGCUAGGAGAUCGGUGUGCUGAGGCUGUCGAGGAGUUAGAUCCUACGCGGUUGAAUAAACAGUCGAAGGACGGUUAUUUACCGGUUAAGGAAUCGGAUGUAGAGAGAGUGAGUCUGAAGAAGAAGUCAGGGGUUCAUGGUCUUGGAGGAUGUACAACUCCGCAUCAAUACCAAGCAGGGGAUGCUAAUCUACCGGAGCACGGUGAACUCUUCGAGCUGUUGAGGAAUAUGAAGAUGCAUAUGGUGGAAGUGGGGUAUGUUGUUGCGACGAAAGUGGUUUUGCAUGAUCUCGAUGAAGAGACUAAAGAGAAUGCACUUCUUGCUCAUAGCGAGAGGGCAGCUUUUGCUCGUGGUCUUCUCAGCUCUGCGCCGCGUUCGACAAUCACUGUGUUGAAAAACCUUCGCGUGUGUAUUGAUUGUCAUAACGCGUUUAAGAUUAUGGCGGAGUUAGUUGGUAGGACAGUGGUCAUGCGAGAUAAUAAGAGAUUUCACCAUAUGAAAGACGGGGGUUGUAGCUGUAAAGACUACUGGUGA